CUCACAUAACUAAAUGUCAAUUUAAGAGACUAAUAAUGAAUUUAAUUUUUGGAUGCCUUCUUGCGGUAGUGUUUGUUCCGUGCAGUUAUUCCAAGCCGAAAAGAUAUUUCAUCCCUUAUACGGAAGAUGGACUACCUAAACUUUAUUCGAUGGAAAAUUUUUAUGACUGCAGACAAAGAAACGGAAAAUUUUGCAAAGUAGAUGUUUUAAUAAAACCAAAGGACCCUAAUUCUAAACUCGCAAGCGAAAUACAGAAAAGCAAAGAAACGAAGUAUCGGUACCAUAGAUCCCACGUUUAUAGGAUGUUGUGUAUUCCAUCUAAUACUUGGGUCAGAGAACAAUACGCGCAUAAUGUAACCAAGGAAGAACUAAAAGAUUUUAAUGUUUCUUCCGAAAUUUAUGAUGUUAAGUGUGAGGCAGACAUUAGCCCUGACUGGCUAGAUCUUCUCAUGGGGUUGUGCGUCGUGGCAUAUGGACUACUAGUUUUUAAAUCAUCUUACUAUAUAUAUAAGGAUAAAUUUUCAAGAUCCAAAUACGAGAAAUGGUAUAAAAUAUUUGCAAUUCAAGAAAACUGGAAGAAAUUAACAAUUGAAAAUACAAGCGAAGAUUUUCGGACGCUAAAGUCUGUCCAGAGCAUUCGAUUUUAUAACAGUAUUAUGGUAAUUAUAUGUCAUUCUCAAAUAACUCCUCUGAUACUAUAUGUGAAUAAUCCCACCGAAUUAGAAAAGCUGGUAAUGAAUCCUAUUUACAACUAUAGUCUGCAGUUGGACCUCUUUAUAGUUCAGACUUUUAUGAUGAUAUCAACAUUUUUGCUGACGAAACAAAUAUACGAUAUAUACCAGAAAAAUGGCCACUUUUCUUUAUACCAUUGCUGGGUUUUGUAUGUCAAUAGAAUAUUCAGAUUCUUUCCAACGGUAUUAGUUAUGAUGUUUGUAAUGAUUCCUUUGUUAAAAAUUAUUCAACCUAGCCCACAAAUCAUGGAAAUGGUGGCUUUGGGGUAUCACGGAUGUCAAACCGGUUGGUGGGCCGCACUGUUGCAGCUAAAUUUUCUUUUUAUAUUUAGCGAAAUGUGCAUGUCGGGUACAUGGUACAUAUCAGUGGAUACAUUUCUGUACGUAACUGCUAUGUUGAUUUUGUACGUGAAAUUUAAAUGGAACUUGGAUUUGAAGGGAGUCUUGGCAGUUGCAUUUAUAAUUACUGCUGGAGUUUUCGGAAUAAUUAUUUAUAUCAAUGAUUUGAAUCAUAUGUAUACAGUAAAUGUGGAAUCCUGUAAAAAUGUGUUCCAUUCAGACGCAUUCAAUAAGCUUUAUAUAAGCCCUUUUUCAAGUUGGUCUACUUGCUGCGUGGGCGUGGCUAUUGGAACGAUUUAUUAUCGUUCGAAGAGCGAUAAGAGCUUGAAAUUCGGAAAAAUACAUACUAUUUUGUGGGCUUUGAUUUUCUUUGGAGUUCCCGCUUUGUUGGUAUAUACUGUUCAACAGGAUUUACCGCAUACAAUUGCGCCAAUUUUGGGACCUCUUUUAAAGCCUGCAUUUUCUUUGGCGAUUGGAAUUGGAAUAUUAGGGACAACAAAGAAUAUUGGUGGAGUUAUUCAAAAAAUUCUAGAAUGGGAUUUUGCAGUAAAAAUGAGCAACUUUACAUUUUGCACUUAUUUGUUCCACUUCUUUUUGGUGUUUUCAAGAGGAUCGUUCACGUAUGACCUUUUUGAAUUUAAACCAUCCAAUCUGUUCAUCUAUUUGAUCCUGGACGUUUUAGUUUCGUUUGCUGUAGGUAUUGCCUGCACUGUAUUGAUUGAAAAACCGGGCCUCACACUUCAGAAGAUGUAUAUACCUCAAAUAAAAUAUCCAAAGAACACUGCCGAUGACAACAAAAAGACUAAUUAGGUGUUUACAAUGCUGUUAAUGAAUGAAAUAUAAUUUAUUUGAGAAAUCGUAGAAUAUAUAUCCGUAAAUGCAAAUACCGAAAACAUACACGCAAACAUUUUACCUACAUAUAUAUAUCAAUGUUGUAGGAAAAUGAAUUUUCUUAGUGCCAAAGAUAUUUACCAGUAGUACGUUAAAUAUAAUUUAUUUUUAGCAA